GAACUAAAGUUGUAGUCCGUUUUGGCACUUGUCUGGUUUGACUGGUACCCCUUCGUCGACUCGCGGUCCUUUAUCAACAUGGCUUCACACUCAAGGUCAGAGGACGAACUCGGACGUAAAUGGGAUCGCUGUCUUUCAGAUACUGGCAUUAAGAUAGCAAGUGGUCUUGGCCUUGGAAUUGUGUUUUCAGUUGUGUUCUUUCGGCGUCGUCCAUGGCCAGUGGCUUUUGGAGCAGGAGUUGGACUUGGCAUGGGAUAUGCAAAUUGUCAGAAUGACUUCCAGAGACCAUUCAGACUUAGCGGCAAACUUAUUAAAGUGCAUGAACCCAAUAGCAGCUGAGGUGAAGAGAUAAAUCAGAACAGACAAUUCAGCAGAGUGUGUGGACUGAACAUAUGUUGUUGAGUGUUGAGACCUGAAACGUAGGUUUGUAGCCAGAUAAGUACAGGAUUUCUUUGUACAGUAAUAAUCACGAAUAGUGGCAUGAACUAUGUAAAGCAUGAUAAUAAAGACUUGUCACAAUACAA